AUGGAAAACACAAUGAACAUAAACGAGAAACACACAGAUAUUGACCAAGAGACACAGAAUGCCUUUGAAGAGGUGAAGAAGGAGCACGCAACAAUCCAGAACGAGAACGAAAGCGUGCACCUGGACGAGAACGUUGUAAAAACAAGCGAGGGGGAGACCCACUCGUUUGACGCACAGAUGGACAGUCUUCUGAGCAUUCUGAUCAACUCUGUAUACUCCAGCAAAGACUACUUCCUGCGGGAGCUGAUCUCCAAUGCCUCUGACGCCAACGACAAGAGAAAGCGGGUCAUGUACGAAAACCAGAUGAGCGUGGACGAGGAGCUCUCCAUUAAGAUCAUUCCAAACAAAGAGAACAGCACAAUAACCAUUGUGGACACAGGAAUUGGAAUGAGCAAGGCCGACAUGAUCAACUACUUGGGAAGCAUAGCAUCCAGCGGAACAAAGGAGUUCAGGAAGAAAAUCCAGGAGGGCUCUGGAAAGGGCGACUCUUUGGAUGCUUUGAUUGGGCAGUUUGGUCUUGGAUUCUACUCUGCAUUCCUGGUUGCCGACCAGGUGGACGUCAUCUCCAGAAAGAGCGAGGAGGAGGCGUACAUUUGGAGCAGCAGAGGGCCAGGCGGCUUUGUGGUGGCCCCAUACAGCGGAGAGCACCCGCAGGGAACGUCUGUUGUGCUGCACAUUGCAGAGCAGUGCAAGAACUACCUGGAGGAAAAGACGCUGGAAAACAUCGUAAAGGUGCACUCUUCUUUCAUUGCAUACCCCAUCUACAUGUUUGUCCUUGCCGAGAAGACAAGGCCCAAGGAGGCUGCGAAGAAGCCGGAAGAGGAGAAGGACGAGGACGCAGUGGAAGACGCAGCAGCAGAGCCUGCGGAGGAGACCGAAACAUACUAUGAGCAGGAGUACAAGAAGCUGAACAACCAGAUGCCGCUGUGGGCAAGAGACCCAAAGGAGGAGAAAAUAACCGAGGAGGAGUAUGCAGAGUUCUACAAGGCGCUCACAAACGACUGGGAGAAACACUUCGCAGUGAUCCACUCGUUCAUUGAAAGCGACUUCAACAUCCAGGUGCUUCUCUUCGUGCAGAACAGGCAGCCUUUCAACAUGUUUGAGAAGGGAAAGAAGGCCCCGUGCAAUAUUAAGCUGUACGUGCAAAACGUCCUGGUAAGCAACGACCUGUCUGAUGCAAUUCCAGAGUGGAUGGGAUUCGUGCACGGAGUUAUCAGCUCUAAGGACAUCCCCAUCAACGUGUCCAGAGAGAUCGUGCAGGGCAAGUCUGUCAUGAACCUCAUCAAGAGAGUCAUCACCAAGAAGGUGCUAGACAUGCUCAAGGACCUGGGGGCAGACAAGGAGAACUACAUGAAGUUCUACAAGAACUGCAGCGCGUCUUUAAAGAUGGGAGUGUACCAGGAGAGCUCUGACGUAGCCACCAAGCUGGCAAAGCUUCUUAGAUACAAGACUUCAAAGAGCGAAGAGCCCAUUUCGCUUGAGGAGUACAUCAGCAGAAAGGCAGAGGGCCAGAAGCAGAUAUACAUUCUCACCGGAAUGAACGAGGAGGACGUAAAGUCAAAUCCUGCGCUGGAGAAGAUGGCAAAGUACGAGGUUCUCCUUAUGGACGACCCCAUCGAUGAGUUCAUUGUGCAGUCACUCAACAAGUUCAACGACAUGCCUUUCCAGAGAAUUACCGCCGAGGGGCUUGAGCUCCCAGAGGAGACUGUAGAUGUAAAGACCCAGGAGGAGGAGCUUAAGGACGUAGUGGCUCAGAUCAAGAGUCUGCUCGGAGAGAAGGUUGAGAAGGUUGUUGUUUCCGGAAACCUGGGAGCCCUUCCCUGCUCAAUCACCAGCAGCAAGUACAGCUACUCUGCAGCCAUGGAGAACAUUCUUAGAGCGCAGGCAAAUGCCAACGCAGGCUCGCUUCUCAGCACUGGAUACCUUACAAAGAAGAUACUCGAGAUCAACCCUGCAAAUGGAAUCAUCUCUGGGCUGAAGAAUCUUCUGGGCGAGGAGAAGAAGGAGGAGUUCAACAGCACAGUUUCUCUGCUCUUUGACUCCGCCAUGCUUGCAGGAGGAUUCCCGAUUCCAAACAUGGCCGGCUUCAGCAAGAAGAUAUUCGGAUACAUUGAGAUGGGAAUGGGCGGAAGAGGCCUGUAA